UUGGCAGCGGCCGGGGAGAGCGGGCGGCUGGGGGAACUGCGCGCUCCCGCCCCGGGAAGACACGGGGACCCGAGCUACCCAGCCCCCCCCCCCCUGCAAACCAGAAAGUGGCGGGGGGGGACCGAGCUAGCUUCCCCCGGCCCUAGGAAGGAAGAGGGGAGGCUUGGCCCUGUGUUGCCUGCCUGUCUCCUCCUCCCCUCUUGCCCUACGCAGUAGCCAGAGAAGAGCCUGCACGCAUAGACGGAGGUGAGCUUCCUAAUCCACCCCCCCCACACACACACACACACGCGUGUCCGCAAGGAGAGAGGGGGCACCCUACGUGGAAGUUUAUAGCAGUACAAGAUACGUCUCUUGUUUUGCUACCCAAAAGAAAGGGGGGGGGACUUCCUGUUUUGGAGCAGAGCACGUCCCUCUCCCCUCCAAGGGGUCAGGGCUCUUAUGGAAGAGUGGAGCUGAGCUACCUGUAUCAAAGGUUCCUACCCCCCCACCAAAGGAGAGAGUUGGGUGGGUCCCCUGUAUGUGGAAGUUUUGACUGUAGAAUCCACUCCGUGUACCUCCUUCCCUUUGGAACUAUCCCAGCAGGACGGUGGAGGCCAUGAAUAGCAGCAGCACUUCCCACUCUCUAACCCAAAGAGUCGUGCACAGAGGAGAUCAAUAGAGGAGGUGGGUUGCGAGCACACCAUGGCGGGGAGUGGCUACAAAGACCUGCGAGAGAAGCUGAAGUCCAUGAUGCCUUAUCGGGACAACUACAAAGGCAACAGCCUACGGGAUCCUACAGAGUCCCCCUAUGGGGCAGUUGGGGGGGGUGCUGCUGCUGCGGAGAGAAAACGCAAGUACCAUGAGGACUCUGACUCUGAGCCCAGUGACUACGAGGAGGAGCAGCAGCAGAAGGAGGAGGAGGAGGCCCGGAAAGUCAAAAGUGGCAUCCGGCAGCUUCGUCUCUUCAGCCCAGACGAGUGUGCCAAGAUCGAAGCCCGGAUUGAGGAUGUCGUAUCUAGAGCUGAGAAAGGCCUCUAUAAAGAGCAUACGGUGGACAGGGCCCCUCUUCGGAACAAGUAUUUCUUUGGGGAGGGCUACACAUAUGGGUCCCAGCUGCAGAGGCGAGGCCCUGGUCAGGAAAGGCUGUACCCUCAGGGGGAGGUGGAUGCCAUCCCGGAGUGGGUGCAUGACCUGGUGAUCCGGAAGCUCGUGGAGCACAGGGUGAUCCCUGAGGGCUUUGUGAACAGUGCGGUGAUCAACGACUACCAGCCUGGUGGCUGCAUUGUCUCCCAUGUGGACCCUAUCCACAUCUUUGAGAGACCCAUCGUCUCCGUGUCUUUCUUCAGCGACUCUGCCCUCUGCUUUGGCUGUAAGUUCCAGUUCAAGCCCAUCAGAGUCUCCGAACCUGUCUUGUUCCUGCCAGUGAGGAGAGGGAGUGUCACUGUGCUAAGUGGAUAUGCAGCUGAUGAAAUUACGCACUGCAUUCGACCGCAGGACAUCAAGGAGAGGAGAGCUGUCAUCAUCCUUAGAAAAACAAGACUAGAUGCUCCUCGAUUGGAAACAAAAUCUCUGAGCAGCUCUGUGCUGCCACCAGGUUACACCUCUGACCGUCUAUCAGGAAGCAACAGGGAUCAGAUCCUGAAACCAAAGCGGUCCCAUCGCAAAGCAGACCCUGAUGCUGCUCACAGGCCACGGAUUUUAGAAAUGGAUAAGGAGGAGAACAGGCGCUCGGUCCUCUUACCAAAACAUAGGAGACGGAGCAACUUCAGCUCUGAGAACUAUUGGCGAAGGUCUUACGAGUAUACAGAGGACUAUGACGAGGAGGAGGAGGAUGGAAGUCCAGCCCGCAAAGUUAAAAUGAGGCGACAUUGAGGCAUGAGCUUUCCGGAGUCUCAAAGCUGAAGAGAUUGGCCUCCAGUCUAUGAAAACUUCUCCCCCCCCCCCCCCCGGCUAUUUCUCAUCUAGCUUCAGUUUUGUUGUUUUCCUUUCAGGCUGAAGAGUAAUUGGGAAGGAUCUGGCUAUUUGUUUUUAUGAAUGGAGUAAUACUGAGGCAUAAAUAUUGAUGGAAUAUGUAAGGUGUCACCUGCAGUUUCCAAAGGGGUGUGUCAGAUGGGCAUCCCCUCCCUCAUGAAGUGGAUAUUGUUAACACUGUGGCAGGCUGCCUGGUCUGUAGUUUUGAAAACACCAAAAAGUUAACUGUUUUUGUUACUGAAGAUUUAAGAAAUUAAUUUUUCCUUUGCUUUAAGUUUAACUAAGUUUCUUUUUAAAAUGUUCUAAAUAUCUUGUUCGACCCCAAGAGUUGAAACUCUUUUUGUAGCGGCCUCAUACUCCAUGCUACACCAAAGGGCUCCUGAAUUCCUACAACUGCUAUUACAUAGUUUGGGUUUUUUGUUUUUAAAGGUGUCCUGCAGCAACUGGAAGUUCGAAGCUUUGCAGACACCUCUUACUGCAAUCGAUUACAAAGUCUUUAGGAUAUUUGUUGCACUUUAGUAACAGUUUUUAAUGCCCUAUGCUUCCCUCCACUUCCCCCCUCAGCUAGUUUGGGCUUGCAAGCAUCUCGUUUUCUGCACUGCUGACUAGAGGGUGUAGUCUGUCUGCGAAGGCCAUACAUAAGCUCUUGCUCACAUCAGUGGUGGUUCUGAGGGGCUCCUCAAGGAGAGAAUAGGCUUGUUUGAAGGAGGGAGGAAUAUUGGACUUGAAGUUGCUCCAUCCACUUGACCCUUCUCGCUAACAGCAUCAUUACAAUUUUUCAGAAGUAUAUUGUGUUUGGAUUUUUAAUCUCUGGAUAAGUGUCUUAGUUGGCUUUAUUGAGGCCUGUCAAACUACGGGACUGAGAUUUGUAUGGGCCCCCUAGGCCUUUGAGUAUGAAAAUGAUUUGUGUGUGUGUGUUUGGAUACAUGCUUUUUCCCUCUCAAAGCUAGAGAAUAGCCAGAACAAUGUGUAGUGCUAGCAGAUUGCACUUGAGGAAAUGUGACUUGGCAACACCCUGGGAAGGGGUGUCUUUAUGCUGGCUGGCAUCUUGGUGGAAGUGGAUCUCUCCUUUCUUGGUUCAGGAGGAAAAGGAUCCCCAGACUGCAUUAUCUCUGGAGUACCCUAUUUGAGGAUGCUUCAGAGCAUUGCAGCAGCUUGAAGAAACUCUCACACUUCUCCGCCACAAAGAUGUGCUGAUGCAUAGAAGAAGUGUGUGAUAUUGUCACCCCAGUAGAACUAGCAGAUUUAUUCUUCCCUCAGUACCUUGGGGGGUGUCUGGGGGUUGGCCUUUUGAGGCAGGAACCUUCUGCUUAGGUGUCAGAUGCCUCCCAUUUAACUUGCAUAGCACUGUCUGUUCCUAGCCUCAACAAAUAUCACAACUGCUCUGUGUCCCUCUUCUAUUUACUGAGAGACCAUAGGAAUUCUGGUGCCGUGAGCCUCUUGGCCAGCUACUUAAAGUGCUGCGAAUAAGACUUCUGGAGCUCCAGGAGUUAAUAGGAGACUUUAGAUAUUCUAAUAUGUUUUUCUGAUCAUCUUUCCACAUUCAAUCUGCAUUAUCCUGGCUUGAAGCCUCAAUGAGUUGUCAAAGUUUGGGGUCUAAUAACUUAUUUAGUACCCUAAUUUUAAUAAAUAGUAAAACUCUCCUCCAUUUGAUUCCUUGAGUCCAAAUGUCAGCAAUUGCAAAAAGAUUGGUCUUUAUUUUUAAAAGUUUUUUUUCUUUUUUACAGCUUUGCCUUCCCUAAACUUUUUUUGAUAGUUUUCCUUGGUAUCGUGUCUUGAACACUAGCUAUGGUUUAUGUACUUUACAAUAAAAAGAUCUAAUAUA